AUGGGGCACCUGGACUGUUCUUUUCGCCUCCGGCGCUCUGGGUAUCUGGUAAGUGGAGUUCCCUUCUCUAUCUCUCUUGAAGAAUCGGUAUUUGUUUUGGUGUUUUGGCCUCUUGCAAUUAGCUGCCUUGGAAAGUCAAGCAAGGCAGGCUUAUGGUCAGAAGGGACCAAGAUUGGAAGUGUGUUGGGCGGUGCAUCAGUGAGCACUUUACUUGGGCUAGCAGCUAGUAGUGUAGGGAUUAUUUCUUGUGAAUCUCCUGCUUAUUCUAUCCUGCUGGAGUUUCUGUUUCCACUAACUAUUCCACUAUUGCUGUUUAGAGCUGAUUUUCGUCGCGUAAUUGGAACAAUAGUUGGAACAGUAUUGGCUUACAGGAUGGUGCCAAUGCAAGGACUUAGUCAGGAUAUAAGUAGCAGUAUAUUAGCUGCCCUCGCGGCUGGACAAAUGGGUGGAGCUGUGAACUAUUUCGUCACUAUGGAUGUUCUUCAUGUACCUCUAUCAGUUUUGGCUCUUGGGCUAGCUGCACGUAAUGUUAUUGGUGCAGUUUAUUUUGCAUCAUUGUUUGCUUUGGCAUCCAAACUACCUCCUGAUCAUGAGUCUUCAACAUCAACCAACGGUGCUGCAGUGGAGGGUGGGUCCGAUGAGUCAGGUGACAAGCUUUCUGUUCUGCAAACUGCUACUGCCCUCGUCGUGUCCUUCGCUAUCUGCAAGGCUGGCUCAUAUAUCACAGAAUUCCUUCAUAUCCCGGCACUUAUCCUGCCAACCAUAACAGUUACCGCUGUUAUUCUAGCAACUGCGUUUCCAACCCAGUUCAAUCACCUUGCACCAUCUGGUGAGGCUUUGGCUGUGAUUUUGAUGCAGGUAUUUUCGGCUAUGGUUGGUGCAAGAGGAAACAUAUGGAAGGUGAUCAACACAGAGCCUGGCAUUUUGAUGUUUGUUCUUGUCCAGAUUGCCUGUCAUCUUGCUGUGAUCCUUGGACUGGGAAAGUUAUUUCGCUUCGACCAAAAGCUGUUGCUGAUUGCAUCAAAUGCUAACGUUGGAGGCCAUACAACAGCAUAUGGAAUGGCCGCUGCGAAAGAGUGGAUUCCAACGUCACUUCUUCUUAGUCCUCACCCACGCUGUCUCUCUUUGACCUCAGCAGAGACGUGA